UGGGCCACAGGCCACGGGCCACCAUGGAUAUGAACCUUGAUGCCCUUGGGGGUCAAAAGAAAACAAGCGACAGCAGCAAGGGAGGCGACAGCCCAGGAGCCCAGCAAGAUGCUGUGAUGAGGACAGAUUCAUCGGAGAUGACUGAUGUGGAGUCUGUGAUCAGCACCUUUGCAUCUUCAGCCAGGGCAGGCCGCCGCAACGCCUUACCUGACAUCCAGACUUCAGCUGCUGUGGGUGGGGCUUCUGAUCUCCCACUCAAACUGGAGGCAUUGACCAUGAAGGAAGAUGUUAAAAAGAAAAAUGAAGAGAAAGCGCAAGACCAACUGAAAAAGCCCUUAAAUGAAGAAAAAUGAAGACUUGCAAUUUAUCCAGGGUGUUGAUUUUAUGCACAUUUGGGAGACCUAGUGGCUAUGCAUUCCUGAAGUGUUUGUUCUGGUAGUAACCAUGGUAAUAUGUGUGUGUUUAGGCAAUUUUGUUGUGAUGCUCUGUCUUUAGACCAUAGUUAUUAAAAAGUAUUACUUUCAAAUUGCACACAAGGAAGAGCACAGUGUUUAUACAUCCAAGAAAAUCCACUGUCAAUCUUGGGAUUUACUUAGUAAGAUACAUGUUUAAUUAUGUUCUUAUUGAGUUAGAAAAAUUUCUUGAUAUGCAUAAACAGAAACCUAUUAAGACUAUAGAAUUUGUAGGAAAUUAUAUUUUUGGUGAGAUGGAAUUAAUAGUAA